AUGGAGAACUUCCAAAAAGUGGAAAAGAUCGGAGAGGGCACGUACGGAGUUGUGUACAAAGCCAAAAACAAGGUGACGGGAGAAGUGGUGGCGCUUAAAAAAAUCCGCCUGGACACUGAGACAGAGGGUGUACCCAGUACUGCUAUACGAGAGAUUUCUCUGCUUAAGGAGCUUAACCACCCUAACAUUGUCAAGCUGCUGGAUGUCAUCCACACAGAAAACAAACUCUACCUAGUUUUUGAGUUUCUGCACCAGGAUCUGAAGAAAUUCAUGGAUGCCUCUGCUUUGACUGGCAUUCCUCUUCCCCUCAUCAAGAGCUAUCUGUUCCAGCUGCUCCAGGGCCUAGCCUUCUGCCAUUCUCAUCGGGUUCUGCACCGAGACCUCAAACCUCAGAAUCUGCUUAUCAACGCAGAGGGGGCCAUCAAGCUAGCAGACUUUGGACUAGCCAGAGCCUUUGGAGUACCUGUUCGUACCUACACCCAUGAGGUGGUGACCCUGUGGUACCGAGCACCUGAAAUCCUUCUGGGCUGCAAGUACUACUCCACAGCUGUAGAUAUCUGGAGCCUGGGCUGCAUCUUUGCUGAGAUGCACCUAGUGUGUACCCAGCACCAUGCUAGGUGCUGUGGGGAACACAGAAGAAAUGGAAGACACAGUCUCUGCCCGCUGUGCUCCUAUCUAGAAGUGGCUGCAUCACAAGGAGGGGGGAUGACCGCAGUGUCUACCCCACACCCCGUGACCCGCCGAGCCCUAUUUCCUGGAGAUUCCGAAAUCGACCAACUCUUCCGGAUCUUCCGGACUCUGGGGACCCCAGAUGAAGUGGUUUGGCCAGGAGUUACUUCUAUGCCUGAUUAUAAGCCGAGUUUCCCCAAGUGGGCCCGGCAAGAUUUUAGCAAAGUUGUUCCUCCCUUGGAUGAAGAUGGACGGAGCUUGCUGUCGCAAAUGCUGCACUACGACCCCAACAAGCGGAUUUCGGCAAAGGCAGCUCUGGCUCACCCUUUCUUCCAGGAUGUGACCAAGCCAGUGCCCCACCUUCGACUCUGA